UUCAAACUCAAACUUGACACGCACGCUCAUCACGCACUUUUCCUUCUCACAAAUUCACUUUUCUCUCUCUCUCUCUAAUUUCACUGUUUCACACACACACACACACAAAUUCGAUCGACGAUGCCUCCCGAAGCUCAGAAUCCAGCGGGGCCGCCGCAUCGCCGCCGCCUCAACGAAUACAGCUACGAUUCAUCUACGAAAGCGAAGCGCUCCAAGCGCGUCUCCGACGACGAGUACCUCGCCGGCUGUCUCGUCGCGCUCCGGAGCGGCGGCGAGGCCUCUUCCUCCCCCGCCGCGGCGGCGAAAUCGCCUCGGAUCUACAAUUGCAGCGUCUGCGGCAAGGGAUUCUCCUCGCACCAGGCUCUCGGCGGCCACAAAGCGAGCCACCGCAACAAGCCGGCGGAGAAGAAACCGUCGAAUUCGACGUCCACCGCCACCACCGCCGACGACGAUUCAAUCGCUGGUCCCCACAGGCUUCACAACUGCUCCACGUGCGGGAGGAGCUUCCCCAGCGGCCAAGCCCUGGGCGGCCACAUGCGGAAGCAUUACGGCGGCGUAAUCGGCGGAUCUAAAAGCGGCGUGAACUCUUCUGACGGUGGUAACGGUGACGGAUUCAGCGUUGUCACGUCAUCCUCCGGCGGUGGCGGGACCAACUCCUCCUACGGCGACGGCGACGUCACUCGGAAUUGGGAAUUGAAUUGGAUAUCCGAAGAAGGACUUGAUUUAACGCUUAGGUUGUAGAGUUCCUUUUUUUAGGGAUUUUUUCGCCCCUCACAAUUUAAUCUCUUUGUAGCACUAUAGAGAUUGGUAUAGUUAUGUUGUUUAUAAUUAAAUAUUUCCUAAUUGUGGUUUAUUUUCUA